AUGGAGUGGAAAGUAGAAGUCGAUGACUUCGUUCGCUUUGCAGCAUCAACUGAAAAUCACUUCAAACUUUUCAUGAAGUUUGCUGACGAUUCAACCGAUACAAGGGUAAAGAAGAUGAUGGCCAUAAUUACGGCUGAUGCAAACGUUACUUAUCAAAGAUAUAUCACUGAUCUUGGAUUUCGCAGCAAGGAGGAAGUGAAAGCAGAAAGUUCACGGCAAACUCGAAGGUUUCUAACGAGAAUGGAGCAUCUUCAUGGAGCUGAAGGGAAACGGAUACAAGGGCGAGAUUUCGUUUCAGGUCUUGAUUAUGGAGAGCUACAGGAAAAACUUGUAGAGAUAUUUCUUUGCUGUCUGGAUCAAGAUUUGAAUUACAUCGUAGGCCGACUCCACGAGAUCGCACAAUUUGAAACUCUUCUUAAAUGCCUUUUGAGGGAUACAACCAGCGUAUCAUGGCUUAAAUGGCAGUUUGAUUUAACUGGCAGUGCUGUGGAGGAUUCUCAAGUCCCAGAUAUAAGUUACAAAGAUGGAGUAAGUUGCAUGAAUGUAACUCCUGAAUAUGAUAUCAUGUUGAGCGUGUCACAGAUGUCUCUCGGUCUAAAUGAUCAAGAGAACUGUAUAACUAACGCAAAGUACCCUGGGUUUGUAAACUUGUAUGUCCCACCAGGCUCAAACUACAGUGAGAAUUUACUUCCAUAUUUGACGUUAAGAGAGUCAAAGUACUAUUUGUCGGCUGUAAAGUUCAAGAAAGAGAUCUAUCAAAUGCUUGUUGAAUUAAAGGCGAUUACAGACCUUAAUAGGGAGAAACCGGAAGUGGAGAAGACAAGUGAAGAAAUGGAAAUGAAAGACUUUGAUAUUAACGUUACACCUCACGGACCAGCUAUUCAAAUCGAUGAGAGAUACUUGGAAGAGGACAUUGAACCCUUUCUAUCCUAUGAUGUGGUUCCAGCAAUCAAGUUCAAUGGCUGGCCAAAGUGUGGUCAAAAGUGGGUUUCAAGAGAAAGGGUGUGGCCUCCUCAAUCCUUGGUGAAAGAAAUCAUUCAGGAAGGCUUUCAUUUGGUACCCAAGACUUCUCCACAUGGUGACGAAGAACUGGAGUGGAGAAUUUCAUUCUCCAAAGCAGAAGUAAAACUGAUGAGGGCUAAAGGUCUGGGGCAGAGGAACUACUGUUAUCGCAUGUUCAAAAUGGCAGUCAAAGAAAACAUCUCAUCAGCUUGCAAGCUUCUCAGUACAUACCACUUAAAGACCCUCCUACUUUGGGCAAGUGAAAGGCAUCUCCCUGACAGAUGGUCUGAUGAAAAUAUUGCUCCGUGUUUUCUUGGGUUGUUAGAUGAUCUUUUGCAUUCUUUGGUGAAUUGUUCAUGUCCACAUUAUUUUAUUCCAGAACUAAACCUUUUUGCAAAUUGCAGUACAGAUCACCUGUAUUACCUUGCAAGCCAGGUGUCUGCCAUUCGUAAAUCUCCCUUGAAGUACCUGAAACGGCCGGGUGUGAACCCCACAGAAUCUUAUAACAAUUUUAUAGCAGCUAUGAAAGAGUGGACUGAAGAAAUGAUGGACAAUACUGAAUAG